AUGCCAAUUAAGUGUUUUAACUGUGGUAAACUGGGCCAUAGAAAGGCCGACUGUUGGUCCUUAAGGGACGGUAAUAGAGAGCAUAAACCAGUUGCUUUGGUAAGCAGGGUAAGUGCUGAUAGAGAGAUUAGUGCAUUAAGUGAGGGUGGGAAAAGCCCUGGGUUCUCCGAUUUGGAGAGAUAUAAGUCAUUUGUGUCUUAUGGUAGUGUAGCUACAGAAAGUGGUAAGGGCAGAAGAGGAUUAGUUAUUCUCAGAGAUACAGGGGCCCUACAGUCAUUGAUUUUGAAAAGGGCAUUGCCUGAAGGUUUAGAGUUUGAGGAUAAGGAAAAGGUUUUGAUUAAGAGUUUUCCAAAAGAAAUAAUCUCUUGUCCGUAUGAGACUGUGGUUCUGGAGUCUGAUUAUGCAACGGGUCCGGUUAGGGUUGCCGUUGUGGAAGAAAUUCCUGUAGAGGGAGUAGAUUUAAUAUUGGCCAACGAUAUUGGUGGUAAUAGGGUUUUAAGUAACCCACGGUUACUUAGCUAUCCUCAGUUUUGUGCAAGCAUGGAGAGCUUGGAAGGAGAAUUUCCUGGUAUUUUUCCCGUGUGUGCUAUUACACGGUCAAUGCGGAAAUUGGAAGCUAGUAGGGAUUCUAAGAUUGACUUCUCGAAGUUUUUUCUGGGAAAAUUUGGUGAUUGUUCUGAACAAGGUAAGGUUUUAGCUGUAUCUAGAGAGAAAUUCAUAAAGGAUCAGGAAAAUGACCUAGAGCUAGCAGAGAUAGCUGCAAAGGCUUUUUCAGAUAAGGAAAUUGAGAACAUUCCAGUUGGGUAUUAUGUCGAAAAUGGAUUAUUGAUGAGAAAAUUUAGAGCCUCUAAGGUUGCUGCCGAUGAAGAAUGGAAAGUUAAUUACCAAAUAGUCGUUCCUCCAAAUUACAGACCCUCUAUUUUACAUUUGGCACAUCAGAAUCCAUUUAGUGGCCAUUUCGGAGUCAAUAAAACUUUUUACAAAUUAACUAAACACUUUUAUUGGCCUGGGAUUCAUUCUGAUGUUAAAGUAUUUUGUAAGACUUGCCAUGUGUGUCAAAUGAUCGGAAAACCGAACCAAAAGUUGACUAAAGCUCCCCUUGAACCCAUACCAGCCAUGGAAGAACCAUUCCAUAGGGUAAUAGUGGACAUUGUUGGCCCAUUGCCAAAGUCAAAAGGUGGAAAUCAGUAUAUACUUACGAUCAUGGACAGAUCCACUAGGUAUCCUGAGGCCAUUCCGUUGCGGAAUGUCUGCUCUAAGAAUAUUGUAAAUGGGAUGUUACAAUUUUUCACUCUGUUUGGAUUGCCUAAAGAGGUUCAGUCGGACCAGGGUUCAAAUUUCUUGAGCAAUAUAUUUAGACAGGCAAUGCAGGAACUAGGAAUCAGGCAGGUAACUUCAUCAGCGUACCAUCCUCAGAGCCAAGGGGCUGUAGAAAGGUACCAUCAAACCUUGAAGACCAUGUUGAGAAAAUUUUGUUUAGAGAACAAAAGCGAUUGGGAUAAAAGUCUGCCCUUCCUUCUGUUUGCCUCCAGAGAAAUCCCUAAUGAGUCGUUAGGGUUUUCCCCUUUCGAGUUAGUAUUUUGUCAUCAGGUUAGAGGACCUUUAAAAUUGAUUAAAGAUCAGUGGAUUAAUAAUGUUGAAGAUUCUAAUUUGUUGGACUAUGUUUCAGAUUCCAGGGAAAGAAUCAGGAAAACGUGGGACAUAGCAAGAGAUAACUUAAUGGAAGCACAGCAGAAGAUGAAAAAAUACUACGAUUUAGGAGCCAAAUAA